CCAACGGACCGGAAGCGGAAGCUCCCGCCGGCGGGCUGAGUUGCUCGCUGAGACCGCUCUCUGGUGUAUUUUGUGUGCUGAGCGCUGGUUGCUGAGGAUUUUGGGCCCUCAGUAGUGAUCCAGCCAUCUCCAGUCCUGCACGGUCCGGGUUCCCGGCUUCCACUGAAGAACGGAGCCAUGGAAGACAAACCACUGGUAGUAUCCAAACAGAAGACAGAAGUGGUAUGUGGUGUGCCCACCCAGGUGGUCUGCACGGCCUUCAGCAGCCACAUUCUGGUUGUGGUGACCCAAUUCGGGAAGAUGGGCACGCUAGUCUCCUUGGAGCCCAGCACUGUGACCAAUGACAUCAGCAAGCCAGUGCUCACCACAAAAGUCCUCCUCGGACAGGACGAGCCUCUCAUCCAUGUCUUUGCAAAGAACCUGGUAGCAUUUGUGUCACAAGAAGCAGGAAACAGAGCCGUUCUCCUGGCCAUGGCUGUGAAGGACAAGAGUAUGGAGAGGCUGAAAGCCUUGAAGGAAGUGAUCCGGCUGUGCCAGGUGUGGUGACCUGCAGGCAGCAGUGCCAGGCACUCAGAUGUGUGGACGCUCAGUGGGCGGGGUCUUUGAGACCCCUCUCUCCAGCGCCCUGUUAUUCUCUGUUAACCCUCAAAGCCAGAAGGAACUCAAGUCUCCGGACACGCCCUGCGUGGCUACUGUGUUCUGCCUGGGGCACUGGAAAUGGCUCUGGGCUGCAGCAGGUGCAUCCACCGAGCGGAAAUCAGCAGCCAGUUACGGGGAUUCCCUGGGUGUGUGGGAGCACGUGUGGGAAAAUUUUUUUAUUAAAAAUAAAUCUAAAAUA